CGCCACGCGUCGGAGUAUGACGUCUGAAAACACGCGCCGUUCUUAAUGCAACCCACAUAACGUCUCAAUUUCGAACUGAUUUAAAUCUUCACCCCGUGCCGCACAUUAAGAAUAUAUUAUACAUUUGUCGAAGGAGCGGUUCCGUCAAGUUUAAAGCAGGUCAUAUUCUGAGUAUGGACAGUGAAAUCCAACGAGACGGAAGAGUUUUGGAUCUAACCGAUGAUGCCUGGAGGGAAGACAGACUACCCUAUGAGGAUGUCACAAUCCCAGUAAGCGAACUCCCUGAGGCUGAGCAGGACAAUGGGGGAUCCACAGAGUCUGUGAAGGAACAAGAGAUGAAGUGGACAGACCUUUCCCUCCAGAGCCUCCAUGAAAACACUCAGAACACCGGGUGUUGAAUCACUACUGGCAUGGGAGUGGAGAACAUCAGCUUUGUUCACAUCUUCGUUGGGACGCUUUAGCAAGCUCUGAUUGCUUUGUUGGGAUGUUUUAGUCUGCUAAUCUUAGUUGCACAUAUGGUAUGCAGCGUGGCUUCAUGAAUGUUAUCUCACGAUUAACCGUUGCAGGUUUUCGGGUGUUCUAAUUAAGGAGCAGUCACUUAACAAAAUGUUCAUCAGCUCUAUGUUGUCACAUUGUGCUUUAAUUGACGUCUUCAAAUCUGCACUAAAUCUCUCCACGCAGUUUAAGAAGAGGCAGGUUCGCGUUUGAAUGUCACCCUUUUAUGUUAAUAGUUGGUAGUGUCUUUAACAUAAUUAAAACCGAAGACACACACGACCCUGGUGGUUUCAUUGGACACGGAGAACAAAAAGGGAAUGAAAGCAGGCCUUACAAGUUAGUUCAAGCACUGAAACUGCAAUGUAUCAGUUCCUUAUCCAUCCUGUGCAGGGUCAUGCAGAUAUAACAAUUAUAUUGUUCUAUGAGCAUGCAUGCAACACACACAAAAACAUUCUCUCUUGCAACUUCCCAAACUUGUCUCUCGAAUACUUUGUAAGUAAUAUUCUAACGACUGCUCAAUUGUCACUGCCUCAAAGUAGUAUGCUGACCACUACACAAUUGUCACUGCCUAAGAGUGUCUGCCGCAAGCUUGCGGAUGUGGACAUGUGGUCCGUUCCCUUGGAGGCCUGAAGGGUGUUUGUAGGAGCCUCCCAGACGAUCCCAGAAAGUAAAGCAUUGUCCAUAGUUGUAGUUGAAGAAGAGGUGAUGAUCCACGUGGUGGGCGGCGCCAUUUAUAAUGCUUAUCAAGGGGCCGGGGAUGCGGUAGUCGCCGUCGUGGAUGGAGAUGGUCCAGAUAUUGACGAAGAUGAAGAGGGACAGGUAAACAACCUGAAAUGCAAAAUGUCCAAAAUAUACUGUACAUUAAUAGAGCCUUUACAGAAUGCAGUCAAUUCAAUGUGGAUUAAUCACCUUCCACAAUCACCUUGUGGAGCGGGAAGACGAAAGGGUAGACGUGGUAGGGUAAGCUCUGCAGGAAGCCGUCGAGUGGGUGGAAGGCGUGGCUUGCAAACGGUGUGGGGAUCUUGAAGAAAUGAUGCUGCUUAUGUAAGUACUGAGGGGAGUAGGAAGGAGAUGCAAAUCAGGUGCGCUGUGGUUCAGUCAUUGUCUCAGUCCAGAGAGUUAAGAGUUUCUAACUCAAAUUUUGAAACCUGAAAGUCAACUGAAAUGACAACAAGCACGAGACAAAAAUAAGAAGCCGAGAUCCUAAAGACAAAUCAGAAGAAGUAUUUCAAAUGAGGGGACUCCACCAUUUUGGUUCUUUGCCAGAGGAACAUCUUCAUGACUCAUACCAAAAAGACAAAUUCCUAAGUAAUUUUGUUUGUUCGUCGAUUACUGUCGGUCUCUUUCAAGGCGACUGUCUGGUUCAUGGAGACUAAUAGAUGGGACUUUGAGCAUUUGCUUUGGGGACUGCUAUAUUGUGACUUACAGUGGAUACACAUCCCUGUUCAAAUGUCAGGUUUUUGUGUCAUUAAAACAUUUUUGGACCAAGAUGCGUCAUUUCAAAACUUCCUCCACCAUUAAUAUGACCUAUGACCUGUACGAACCCAACCAUAACAAAAUCGAAAGGUGAGAGAAGGUGUUCUGCUCGGAUGAAACGAAGAUCGCGCGUUUUUGCCAUAAUUCCAAAAGGUAUGUUUGGCACAAACACAACACUGUUAUCACCGAAAGAUAGGAUGUCGGUGGCAGCAUCAUGCUUUGGUGGAAGGAAUUACGAACAGUUCAAAAUGGCAGUAUGUGCUAGCACAAAAACUAUAGACAUGCUAAAAUAAUUUGAGAAAAGAAUUAAGGAAAAGCCUACUAGAACAGCUGGAAUAGAGUCAGAGGCACUUUAAGUGGUGGCAGGUGUGUGCUGAUUAGUUUGAAUGUGAGUGAUUAACCUUAAGCACAGCCACAUCCCAGUCAGAAGAGGGUGUGCACAAUUGUGCAACCACAUUAUUUUAGAUGAUCAUUUUUACUUUCCUCAAAGAUUUUUUUCUCAAUUCUAUUGAGUUGUAUAGGUGACAUUAAUGGUGGGGAAAAACAUGUAUUUAUCCGGGUCAAAUUUUGUAAUAGAUCACAAAAACCUGCCUUUUCAACAUGCAUGUGUACACUUUUCAUAUCAAACACGCAAAGUUCUUUCUCAGAACAUGUCAACCCUCCACAAAGUUUCAUGGAGGCCCGUUUAAUUUUCAAUCACGCACUUUGAGACUUCGUGGAACCAUAGAACAAGUCAACAAACAUUGCGUACAUUGCUACAUUAGAUUGUAACCACGGAGCUUCCAACUAUGCCACUGUGCCAAUGGUUCUCCAAAUUAAUUACACCCCCAAUUCCAAUGAAGUUGGGGCGUUGUGUUAAACAUAAAUAAAAAGAGAAUACAAUGAUUUGCAAAUCAUGUUCAUCCUCUAUUUUAUCGAAUACACUCCAAAGACAAGAUGUUUAACGUUCAAACCGAUAAACGUUAUUGUAUUGACCGUCAUUGGUUUUCUGAAGUGUUCCUGAGCCCACGUGGCGACAUCCUUUACGCCUUGAUGCCGGUUUUUGAUGCAGUGCCGC